UGUCAGGGCUUCCAGCCACCCCGGUGAGGCUUCCCUCAGGGCUUCACUUGAGGCGUAGAAAUCUAUUUUUGAGAGGGUUGGUGUGGGGGGUUCAGGCAAGAUGUUUGGGUUGGCCUCACAUUAUCUAGCGGGCCACAGUUACUGUAACAUCAGUGCUGACAAUAAUGUCAAGAAGAUGGAGGAAGAAGAGAAUGGAGACAGCUCUCAGGUUCCUGGUUCUAAGAGAAUGUUAAGCACUGAGGAUCCAGAUUACACCCGUCCACCAGAUGCCAAGCGAAUGAGGGAGAUGCACAAGAGAGCUCAGGAUGAAUUAAGUGAACGUGUUAUAAAGGUGGUAGAUAAGGAAUUUAGUUUUGCCUUGAAUGAGAAGCAGGCAGAGAUGGAGGAGAUUGAUAAUCGAAUUUUACGGUUGCAGCAGUGCCUUCAUACCCUCCGCUACUGUGUCUCUCUCAACUAUUAUGCUGUUAACAAGACUGGAGAGGUUGGGAAAAAACAUAAGGCAAUGCUUCAUCCAGCUGUCCGGAAGCACUUGGGAAAGUCUACAGUUAAGCGCGAGACAGUGGAGCCUCCGCUUCAUGAGUCACUUCAGAACAUUUCCCCCUCUCACAAUUUAUCUGCUAUCACCAGUAGAUUACCUCAAGGAGAAUAUAGAGACAGUGUUGGUGUAGCAACAAUAAAGGAGGAGCCUGUGAAAGAUAGUUUCAGUGGAAAUGAAGAUGUUAGUAAUAGCAUAUUGGAAACUCACAAUACUGUAAAUAAUCCGUCAAAGGAUGGCUCUGAUAGAAAUGAUGAGAAAAAUCAAGAUUUGAAGUCUUCGAGACCUCCAAGCCCAAAAUACCUUCCUCCUAAACCACCCGACAAUCCUCUACCUAUAUUCCAAGGCCGACAUCAGCGAUUCCAAAGCAAAAGAAGGGUGAUAGUUGGAAACACAUAUCAAUAUAUAACUGCACAUGCUGAUGAAAGUAAUGCUGAAGUGUUGAGGUACAAGUGGCAGGUGUAUGUGAGGGCACCGCUGCAGGGUGAAGACAUUUCUUCCUUCAUCUCUGCUGUCACCUUUGUUCUCGAUCACAGUUAUGCUCCACACCAUAUUAUCACUCUUAAACAUCCUCCCUUUGUGUUGACACGGCGAGGAUGGGGGGAGUUCAAGAUCCAUAUUGUUCUGAAGUUCACAGACACUCGCAACAAGCAAGUGAAGCUCCUCCACCCAUUAGUGCUAAGUCGACCAGAUGAUCCUCUUUCUCUAACAGGACUAUGGAGGUUAGGUCAAGAGAAUUGGUAUGAUCUUUGGGUGUAUGAACUGGACCCUGAGAGCUCGAGGAAUAUUGCUGAAUCCCCGCAAGUUAAGGAGAGGACAGUGCAGCAGGAAGACUGUCCUGCUACUCUUGCCAGAGAACUGAAGACUAAUGUUAUAUCUUCCCAAAUUGAAGAAAACAUUACAAUUGUCCACAAUGUUGACAAUAUAAAUCUUAAUCGAUGUAUAAAACAGGAAACCCCUGUCAAGAAAGAAAAGGAAUGGAAAGUGUUAUGUAGCUCUGAAAAAAAUAAUUGUGUGAGUGAAAAGGUAAAUGAAUCUGUGGUAGCAAAUAAAUUGUAUCUUUCUACUGACCCUCACUGUUUUGUUAGUAAUGAUACAACUUUAACAAAAAGCAAAGAUGAUACAAGACAAACAAUUAGUGCAAUAGAACCCAAAAUUAAAGUUGAUGGAACAGAAGAAAACAAAACACAAGAGCUUAAGCCAUUAAAGAACCAAAUGGGAGUCAAACUGACGAACAUCAAUGGGGUUCAGAGUAAAGUGUGUAAGAUACAUGUGCGGCAGCCAGAUGGGCGCCUUGUGCCUUAUUAUAUUCCUGCUCAUAUGUAUUCUUUAGCACUUAAGAUUGCUCAAAGUGGUACAAAUAAACAAGAAAAUAACAAAUCUGCACCUGAUAAUAAGCAAGAAAAUCAACAAGAAGUAAUUGGCCAUCAAAAUAUUAAUCAGAGAAUAAUUAAAGUGCAUGUCCCAGAGAACCAGCAGAAAGGAGAGACCAAGAGCAUCAUUGUGAAGCAAGAGCCAAGUGAAUUUCUAGCACAGCAAAAGGAAGAUCCCAAAGUAGCGACUCUAGAAGUGAAGACUGAACUGAAUCACAACACAAAUGCUUGUGGUGCUCCAAUUAGAAUAUUGAAUUUUUCCCCCCAGAAAAAAGUGAUAAUAAAUAAUGAAGAAUCAAUUAGCUUAAUGCCAUCAACCAGUGGUAUUAAGAGUGUACCUAAACUUUCCCCUGGAACUAAACUAAAAAUUUCCCUGUUCAUUAGUUACUUUUGA